CGUGCAAACAGUUGUGGACAAUCCGCGGCUCAGGGUGUAAGCAAGCGUCAUAGCAAUAAUCUAUAAAUCUUGGAAAGGUUUAACCUAGUACGAGAAUCUACGGAGUACUGAAAACUCGAUAGUCUAGGUUAUCCCCACUUAAGCGUCUUCCUUCAAUACCCUCUGUGGAUCACCGAACUAUCCAUUGAUUCGCUGUAGGAUGAAUAGACAGAAGCCCCCUCCGGAUGCACGCAUCCAGAAGAUGCGCGAGCUGGAGGAUCGUCUUGCAAGUCUGCAGCAGGAUCGAAAGGCGGAGCAGAAAAUGGUGGCUGUGGCAAACUUUGAGGCUAGGACAACGAAAAAAAUCGUCAGCAGCAUAGUCCAGCAGCGCUUCGAUGCACUGAAGGCACGUCAGGAGGCUGACUUAAACACCCGACGACAAAAGCUGGCCGAGAAGCUGGACGCCGAGGACCUGGCCUUGCGGCAGGAGCUGCUUGCCAGCAAGAAGACCCCAGAACAGCGACGUGCGGAGCUUGCAGCACGGGCUCGAGCGCUUGCAGAGAAGCGGGAGGCAGAGCGCCAACAGUUGGCAGCAUCGUUGUACGAAAAGGCCUUCAUCCAAAGCUGUGACGUACUCCGUGAUGAGAACUCGAAACGUAUUCUGUAUCGUACGCUCGAGGAACGCAAUGCACAGAUUGAGCAACGGAUGGCUACACGCAUCCUCGAGGAGGAAGAGAAGCACCUGUGGCAUGAAAUGAGCGAAGUAGAGCGGCUGAAAAAGGAGGCGAGAUACCUGGAAGACAAGCAACGCGAACGCGAACGGCGAGAGGAGACAUUGCGGGUGCUGGACGAGCAAGUGCGGCAGAUCAACGCCCGUCGCGACGAGCAGGCCCGCUUGCGACGUGCAGAGAUUCAGGAGCUGAACGCCACCUGGCAGCGAAUGGCGGCCGAGCAGGAGCAAGCGGAAAUGGCGGAAAAAGAGCGGUUGCGGCGGCUUGCAGAGGAGCUGCUUGAGUACAACCGCAUUAAGCAGAUGCAAAUCUCCGAGGAGGAGCGCGCGGAGAGGGAGCUGGAUCUUAAAAUUCUGCAGGAGGCACUGUACCGAGAAGCGGCUGAUGAGGCCGCUGAGCUUGCAUAUCGCGAACGUCGCCGCGAGGAGAUGCAGCGGUACCGAGAGCAGCUGGCACUGAUGAUGGAGAAGGAGCGCGAGGAAACUGCAGAGCGUGACGCAUUAAUUCUCAAAGCGCAACUUGAGCAAGAGGCGCGGCGUGACGCUGAGAUUGCUGCUCGUGAGCUAGCCCGAAAGCAGCUGAUGAAGCAGGUGGACGACAUUCGACAGCUGCAAAUCCAAGAAAAGCUGGCACGCAGGAUGGCAAUGGCAGAGGAGAAGGCGUUCGAGCGCGCCAAGAUGUUGGAGGAAGUGGCUGCGGCCGCCGCAGAUGCAGCACAGCGUGCAGCGGCCGAGCACAAGGCCGGCGUGACGCGCCGCUUGGAGCUGCAGACUCAGAUCGUUGCGCGGGCGCAUAUGAAGGCGGCAGAAGAAGACGAGAAGCUUCGAGAGGCCGAACAAGUCCAGAAGGCAGAAGAGGCGUAUCUCGCAAAAGUUGAUCAUACGCUUGCAAGCACCGAUCCACCAGUAUGGCACGGCCGACGGAAGUUCCAGUGGAAUUAG